AUCCCGGGGACUUUACUCGACGAAACUCGGGGUGUGCAGUGGUGGUGGCGGCGGCGAUAGUGCAAUCCUAUAUACACGAGUGUGGUGCUGCCGACGGUGCUCGGUGUAUAGUGAGAGUGUAGUGACGUCGAGUGUAGUGACGGUGAAUGUAGUGACGGAGGUAGUGUGACCGCCUUGUGGAUAUCACCUGCUGUUGUCCUACGGCUGAUAAACAUCUCCCUGACCCCAGCACCAGGAGAGUCGAUCUGGUGGUGAGAGUGAGGGUGAAGGCGACUUGGAGGAUGUUGUGUCCCCCCAGCAAGAAGAUGUGUCGCCCCAGCAGGAGGAUGCUCCCCCACACCCUGCACGCCGCCCCAUGAAUGCUUUCCUCAUUUUCUGUAAAAGACAUAGAGCUCAGGUACGAGAAAAAUACCCUCACUUAGAGAACCGUCAGGUGACGAAGAUCCUAGGUGAGUGGUGGGCUGACCUCCCAGCCCAGCAGAAGACAUCUUACACAGAACUAGCCCGGCAGUACAAGGAAGCAUUCCUGCGUGCCAAUCCUGACUUCAAGUGGUACAAGAUCCCAGCACAGCCCCCCCGACCUCCCCCUGCCAGACCCUCCAAUCAGAAGGUCCCCAGGUGUGACCCCCUCCCAACUGAUGGUGCCAUCACCUUUGGAAAACUUGCCGAUGAGGCCCAGAUGGGAGGGCUAAGUACUCUCCUGUCAACAGCCUCCACCAGCAGCAGCAGCAAUCAGAAUAUAGCUAGUGGGCCAUCCAGCCUUACUACGUUCACCACAGCCUAUGUGUCAGCUGCAAACACAUCAACAGCUCGCUGCGCUCCUAUUGAUUCCUUUCCUAGUGUUGCUGCCCUUAGCACAUUAUCAGAUGUGAAUUCUGCUACCAGUGGCUCUUCAAAUGCAACUGCAAACUCUACCUGUGGGUCCUCUAUAAGUACAAACACAAGUGUUACUACAAGUUUGUCCACCUGGAGCGGAACGGUACAACCUUCAGCCGUGGCUCCCAGUGUCUCUCCAGAUUCUAAUAACCCUGCCAUUUCAAACGGACCCAAACCCAGCACAGGCAGUGACCCAGCUGUUGUUACGACUUCUCAAAGCAGUGUACAGUCUUCACUGUCUGAAACUGCCACCAAUAUGACGCCUCCCAAACCUCCCAAGAAGAGAUAUGUACAUGCUAAUAUGCUGGACCAACCUGUACCUGUUGUUUCAACGCAAGCACAGAUAACACCCAGUCCAGAAAAGGCCAAGAUCAGUUCCACUGAGGAAAAUGCAAAAUCUUCAGCAAGCUGGACAUUUUCACAAGGCAGGCAGAAGCCAGAGGGAGGAGCACCGCCAGCUACAGAAGCCAGCGAGGACCAGCAGAGAAGAGUGAGCAAUGGCCCCUUCAGUUCAAGAUCUGUGGCAGGGCCUCCUCCAGGAAGCCCUCCUCGGGAUGCUAAAGCCUCCCCACAAGAAGCAAAUACUCCCUCAGAAGGAACCAAACCCCCACCGAUUGGAUGUAGCACACCAGCCAAUGUCCAGCCUUUAAAUUUAACUCGAGAGACUAAACUGUGUACAUCAAACCAAGAGAUAAUUGAUAGUGUUGUGGACAGAAAGUGUAGUGAACCAAAUUUCCCCAGCAGUGUUCCAAGUGAAACCCGGCCUGGGUAUCCUCGCUUCUUCCGACCAGAGAACCUACAUAAUAACAAUAACAAUAAUAACGAUAUAGAAAAGCCCUCCUUUCCGCAGGCCAUUCUCAACAAAGUGAAUGGCACCUAUAUAAAAUUCUGUAUGUCACAGGCCAUUCACUAUGUGGUCGACAAGGCUUACGAUAAGGGUAGUAAAGCAAAAGUGACGCCAAAAGGUGACUCUGGGGAAAAGAACCAAAGUGCAGAAACUAAUGAGAAAAAAGAAGUUGAAGGUGAGAACCAGGUGAACACUGCAAAGGAAUCAGUCGACUCCAAUAAUAGCAAUAAUAGUAAUCCCAGUGAUAAUGCCAAUCCAACACAGAGAAAGCGAUCCAAAGAAAAGGGACCAGAGGAGAAUGAGACGUCACCCAAAAAGAGACGGGAUGUUCCCUCUGGACGUGCAAGCAGAGAGACCUCCAGAGGCAUGGGGGGUGAUACCUCAGGAGGGCGUUCAAGAGCACCAAGGAAGCUGAAGGGAAAGCGGUAUGAGGAGCUAAUUUCUGAGGGAGUCUUACAAGCCCCUCGGAGAUCUCGGACAAGAAAUAGUCGGUGGGAGGAGACAGAAUCUAGUUCAGCUCAGGACCAGGAGGAUGAGGAGGACAUACAGGGGCAGCAGCCAACACAGCAGAUUCAGCAGCAGGAUCCCGAGGAAGAAGACCAUGAGGAUGAACCUAUGGAAGACGACGAUGCGAUGAAUUCCAAAAACGAGGAAGAGAAUGGGGAGGCAGGAGGACGGCGAACUGAAGAUGGAGGGAGAAAAAGUCGUCGCCAGUCAAGAAGACUACCACCAAAUGACUUUGACUUAGAGGCAAGGAUUGAAGCCCUGCCCUCCUUGAACCUGGACGACUUCACCAGGCGGAAGAAGGAAAAGAAGCGCACUUCCUCUGCCUCCUCAUCCUCACACGCAGCAUCUCACGCAAAUGUGCACUCCACCUCCCACCCAGCCCCACACACGACACAAGCCACCUUGGGAGUCGUAAGCAGCAGCAGUCGUGUUGCAGCACAGGCUGAUUCCACAUCAGAUCCUCCCCCUUCUGCAUCUGCCACAUCUACCGCCACUACCACAGUCACCAGUUGGCCCACAGCUGGAGGAGUGACCAGCACCAGUACCAGCAAUGGUGGGACCGUAGGAAAUACAUCUGAUGGUGAGGCUGUUUCUCCAACACCAUCUUCUUCCUCUUCCACCUCAUCUGUCACUCAACAGCAUAGUCCCUCUCAGGGUACUCUUCUGGUUGCUGGAGGAUCCUUAUCACCGGGAGAAUCUGGUAGUUCAGAGGGCGGCCCUCGCAUAGGUUCACAAAAGAGGAAAGCUCGCAAGCAGACCAUCACACGGCAUGAUCCAGUCAAUGGUCCCCUUCGAAGAGAUACGAGCGUGGUGGAGCCCAGCGUUUUGUCAAGCAUGGCAGGUCUUAAUGCCUUGGCAGAGGUGGCACUUAGUCAGCCAUCCAUGAAACUUUGAAUAGCUAUUUAAAGUGGCAAAAGAUAUAUAUUUUAAGUUGAGUAAAAGGAAUGUCAGAUUAUGUAUACUGCAAAUUAGGAUUAUAUAUGAUUUUUUCCUUUCUUUCAGAGAAUUUUCCUAAUAGCCUAGUUGAAUAGAAGGAGUGUCAGAUUAUGUAUACUACAAAUUAAGAUGGUAUAUGAAUUUUCCUUUCUUUCAUAUAAUUUUUCUAAUAGCCUACAUUCUUAAGAAUUGGCUUUAGUUUUGUUCUAUGUUACUUAUAGAAAUUGUAUUUUCAUGUUUUUUGAAUAAUAAUGUUUUGUCUUUGAAGUUAUUCAAAAUAGGGUGAUUGUAAAGUUAUUAUUUAUGUUACUGCAUGUUUCUUUAUGUGAUCCAAAUUGUGAUUCGUAUUUAUAUAUUUAUUUGAUUUUUUAUUUGAUAUUUUCACCUUCAGUUGUGGAACAUCCAUAUAAAGUUCAUGUUCAUUGUGAUCUCACAUGAGGCUCAUGAAUUCCCACCAAAACAUUUGGGAUUCUGUUCAAGCAGUAACUGAACUUUUUAAUAGGCUGUGGAGGGGGUAAAGGCACCUUGUACCCAGAACUUCCACAGUCUCUGGGAUGCAUAUCUUGCCUUAUUGGCUCUCAGAAGUCUCCCAACCUGUGACCAGUUGAUAUAGCUGCCAGAGUUAAAGGCAAGAAUAAAACAAUCAUAUUACUGAUUGAGACAUUGAUCUAAGAAGCCUCAUCUGUAGGUCUUCGACAGCUAUUCUUGGUCGAGAUGGAUGGAAAGAGAUAUGUAAUCAUGCGGUAUUUACUUGACAACAGCAGCAGGUAUGCUCAAGAAGCUGUGUGAACGAAACAUAAUGUGUGAUGGUGACUGUGAUUUGUAAUGGAUAAAUUAUGUUAAAAAUUAUACAUUUCUCUAUUGGGAUACUGUUGACUUCUAAUAACAAACUUUGAUAAUUGAUAACAAAGGUUUGCCAGUGUGUGCAGAAAGUGACCUUUCCAUAACCAAUUAGAUCAUAGUUUCUGACCUUUAAGUGUCUUCUAGCCCUCAAGUAAAGGUAUAAUAAGUCAGCCUUUGAUCUUUAUUAUUUUAUAUUACAAGAACACUUGCAAUGAUGAGUGUGUGUUUUCAGUAUUUACUGGUCUUUCACAGAAGAAUUUUUGUAAUGUAAUGAAUCUCUUUUUACGUUUCCUUCUUGGCGCUUUAUUAUGCAAACCACCGAAGUAUAACUGAUGUAGGCAGAACACUGAGAGGGACAUUUUUGACUCUGUUCCCAGAUAUAUGCCAUGGCUGCAUUUCCUAACACAUAAAUGAAUAUUUUUGAACAGUGAAUAGUUCAGUCUUGCUACAUUACCUAGUUAGGUCCUCUUUUUUUCUCAUUUAUUAGUAAGUGAGUAUCUGAAAUGGUAAACUAUUUUCUUUAUAAAAUUUUAAAUACUAUGUAAAACUCUGAAUACAUAAUCACAUCACAUUUUGUAGCCUUAACAGUCUAAUGUCUAUCUAGGAAUCAUAUGAUCUAGAACCUAAUUAGUAUCUCCCCAUUUUUUAACUGUUGCCUUUUCCCUCAACAUGAUAAAUCCCCAAGGAACCCCCCUACCUCUGUGAGAGUGUUACAGUCACGAUCAUCCAAGCUGGCGUGGGGGCUCAAGCUCCUCUUUCUCCUGAUGGUUCAUCAUGGGAAAAACUUCAAUGAUUUUGUUCCUAAUAUCCUAGGCAUACCCAGAGCCUAGGCUGUCAGCUCGAUUGACUCCUCCCCCCCCCCUCUUUUUCCCUCCCAUUAAGUUACCUACAUAUAAUGAGCCCCAGCGGUAGCACCUUGGAAGGCUAGUGCUGUAGAGUAUACCCAGGUGCCAGUGUAAAUCAAAUGUCUCCUGCACCCAUGUUGAAGAUAGCUUGUCUGUGGAUUUAUAGAUAUUUUUCAUUUGUUAGUGUUUUUAGUGCCUUUUGUUUUCGUUUCUGGAGUUGCCUACAGUACUAAAUAUUUUGUAUCCUCAUAUUUUCCAUAUCCACUCAUAGGAUUGUGGGUAUCACUGUAUUUUUAGCACCAUUUUCUAGAGAAAAAAACACAAUUUCUUUUAUACAGUUUCCCAGUGUUGAUAACCAAUGGUAUGUAAUGUUCUUCAUUACUGUAUUGAUGGAAGAUAGUCAGUGUGACAAAAUCAAGAUUACGACAGCAUUGUCAAAGUAGAAGUACUUUACUUAAAAUCUUCAUUGUCAGACAUUUUCCACAAGCAGCCAAUUAUGAAGAGCUGGCGUAUUGUAACUGGUAGAAGUUCACUUGUACAUUAGUAUCACCGACUGUUGAUGAUGAUGAUGAUAAGUAAUACAAAUCCUGUACCUGAUUCUUAGGGAAAUGUUGAUCUGUUGAAACCCCUCUUAGCUAUUGAAGUGUAUCAGGUGCAAAUUGUUGGUUUUCACAUCAUAAUGUAGAGAAGAAAACAAAAAAGAUUUUGGCAUCAGUGUAUAAUGUCUUCAUCACUGAACUGGCCAAUGUAUUUUAGUGUGUUGAUAGCCUUUUACUAAUAUGUACAGUGGAAGAAAGAUUUUACCCCUAUCUAGCUUGUUGAGUAGAAUGUUAUUGAUAUUGAGUUUUGUGACUCCAUGAGCGAUUUCCAGCCCAUUCAGGUAGUUGUAAAUUUUUGAACUGAUGUUUGGGAUAUGGAAAUGAAUCUUACAAAACCUGGAUCUGUGGGACAAAGUCGCUGAUCUCGUCACAUCUGAAUGAUUUAAUUUGAAAAGCCCAUUUGGGGAAGACAAGUGUGCAUUUAUGUAUUAUAUUGUAAUAUACAGAAGAGUAAAAUUCCCUAUAUAUGCAGAUAUAUAUGAAUGAUAAUGUUAAUAAAUCUAUUUAUUCUAAACUAAA